AUGGACUCGCAAGGCCGGAAGGUUAUAGUCGUCGACAACGGAACAGGUUUUGUCAAAUGCGGGUAUGCUGGAACCAACUUCCCUGCUCACAUAUUCCCGUCGAUGGUGGGCCGUCCCAUCGUGAGAUCGACGCAAAGAGUUGGAAACAUUGAAAUCAAGGAUUUGAUGGUUGGUGAAGAGUGUUCUCAACUCCGUCAGAUGCUCGACAUCAACUAUCCAAUGGAUAACGGAAUAGUGAGAAAUUGGGAUGAUAUGGGUCACGUGUGGGAUCACACUUUCGGUCCGGAAAAACUAGACAUCGAUCCGAAAGAGUGCAAACUUCUACUCACUGAGCCACCACUCAACCCAAACAGCAAUCGCGAAAAAAUGUUUCAAGUAAUGUUUGAGCAGUAUGGGUUCAACUCGAUUUAUGUGGCUGCUGUGCUCACUCUGUACGCGCAGGGACUUUUGACAGGUGUUGUAGUCGAUUCAGGAGACGGUGUCACCCACAUCUGCCCUGUUUACGAAGGAUUCGCUCUUCAUCAUUUGACAAGACGUCUGGAUAUCGCAGGAAGAGAUAUUACGAAGUACCUGAUCAAGCUUCUCCUUCAAAGGGGAUACAAUUUCAAUCAUUCUGCGGAUUUCGAAACUGUCCGCCAAAUGAAAGAGAAGUUGUGCUAUAUUGCAUAUGAUGUUGAGCAAGAAGAACGGUUGGCUCUUGAGACGACUGUUCUCUCACAACAGUACACGUUGCCUGAUGGUCGUGUGAUUCGUCUUGGUGGGGAGCGAUUCGAAGCUCCCGAGAUUCUCUUCCAACCCCAUUUGAUCAAUGUAGAGAAAGCUGGCCUCUCAGAACUACUUUUUGGAUGUAUUCAAGCCAGUGACAUUGAUACUCGCCUCGACUUCUAUAAACAUAUUGUUUUGUCUGGUGGAACGACCAUGUAUCCUGGUCUGCCAAGUCGGCUCGAGAAAGAGCUGAAACAGCUGUAUUUGGAUCGUGUGUUGCACGGAAACACCGACGCUUUCCAGAAAUUCAAAAUUCGCAUUGAAGCGCCUCCAAGUCGUAAGCACAUGGUUUUCCUUGGAGGAGCUGUAUUGGCUAACUUGAUGAAAGAUCGUGAUCAGGACUUCUGGGUAUCGAAAAAAGAAUACGAAGAGGGUGGCAUCGCGAGAUGUAUGGCCAAACUUGGAAUCAAGGCUUAA